UUGCAUAUCUGUGUUAACCUAUUUACCUAUUGUCUCAUUUUACAAUAUUCCUCGCGAAAAAGUUGCCAAACUGAAAUUCAAAAAAAAUAUUUUGGAAGGGUCGAUCCUAGAUUAGGUAGUUACAGAUUUCAGAGGGUCAGCUACUUAUAAUAAAACAACUUUAAACGAAGGUCGAUCGACUGCUCAAAUCGAUGUCUCGAGUUUGCGUUUGAUUCGAUUUGCAGAAAAAAAAGUCUUCUUAUUUCUUAACCUUUAAUAGUUUAAUAUCUUCUGGUAGAGGUAGACUGAUAUUUGUAUUUUUAGUACGAUAAUAAGGUUUUCAGUGGAUUAGUUAUUGGAUCAUCUUUGAUUGAAUUGGCAUGAUGUCUGCGUUAACUCGUGUCGCUAGGAUGAGAAGCCUUAUCCCUUUGGCGAACCAGGCAUCUGCCAGAAACAUUUCGACAUCAAAGAAAAAAAAUGAAACAGCCACGGCGGCCAACCCCUUUACAGUAGAAGCACUGCAAGAAUCAAAAACCAAGGCCUGGGUGAGCUAUGGCUUUUGCAACAAGGACGAAACGGAGGAUCGGUACUACAUGCAUAUGUCGAUGUUUUGCUUUGUGACUGUUGCUACCAUAUUCACCGCCUUUGGUUUGGCCUAUCGUCCCAGCAUCCAUGGACUAGACUGGGCCCAGCGAGAAGCGUUUCUCGAACUGAGGAGGAGGGAACGUCUCGGCUUGCCACUUGUCGACCCCAACUACCUACCAUUGGACCAGAUCGUAUUGCCCGACGAUGAAGUGCUUGGCACCACUGAGAUCAUUGUAUAAGUCUGCUUUUGUUAAAGAUGUAAAUAUGUAUGUAGGCAUUUAUUCACAAUGGAAUUCAAGUUGAUAAAAGUCACAAUAGAAAUAAAGUUAUUGGAUUGUUUUCAA